AUGGUGGACCUCUUUGAGAUCCGGGAAGUACGAGCAGGAAAAAACUCCAAAGACUUUGAUCGAUUCAAGGACAGCAAGGAUAAAUUUAUAGACCCCAACUCAUGCUUUACUAUAUUCUAUGGCUCUCAGUUUGUUCUCAACACUCUCAGUCUGGCGGCUGAUUCAGUGGAGGAUGCAGAAAAAUGGCUGGCAGGACUGGAGUUACUCAGGCAGGAGACACUGGUGGCUUACACACCAGAUAUUGUAGAGAGUUGGCUGAGGAAGCAGAUGUACUCGGUUGAUCAAACAAGGAAAAACAGCAUCACCCUGAAAGAGCUCAAGUCUCUGUUGCCACAGAUGAACUUUAAAGUACCAGGUGGACGUUUUUUGAAGGACAGAAUUUUGGUGGUGGGAGCAAAGAAAGAAGUUCUGGAUUUUGAGCAAUUUCACAAAUUCUACAAUCUUUUGAUGUUUGACAACCAAAAGAUGAUUCUAGAUGAGUUUAAAAAGGAGUCGUGUGCUUUCAUCAUGGGUAACAGCGAUCAGCCUAUUCAACUCUGCGAUUUUCAAAGAUUCCUUUUAUUUCAUCAGAGAGAGUCUUGGGCCAACAAUACAAAUCAAGUCCGAGAGCUGAUGACCAUUUUCAUCGAUGACACCAUGAGGAAGACCAACGAUCCAGCCUUUACUGUUGAAGAGUUCCUUAGUUUUCUCUUCUCCAAAGAGAACUCGAUCUGGGAUGAGAAGUUCUCAGAGAUUUGCCCACUGGACAUGAACAAUCCUCUGUCUCACUACUGGAUCAACUCUUCUCACAACACAUAUUUGACUGGAGAUCAGCUCCGCAGUGAGUCCUCAACAGAAGCUUACGUGCGCUGCCUGAGGCUGGGCUGCCGCUGUGUUGAGUUGGACUGCUGGAAUGGUCCCGAUGAACCUAUUAUAUACCACGGCUGGACUAGAACCUCCAAGAUAAAGUUUAAGGAUGUGGUGAAGGCCAUCAAUGAUCAUGCUUUUGCAACAUCCGAGUAUCCUGUGGUGCUGUCCAUAGAAGAACACUGUGACGUCAAGCAGCAAAAAAUGAUGGCUCAGGUGUUCAAAGAUGUUUUCCAAGACAAGCUCCUGACCGAGCCGCUGGAACCAGAAGCAGAACAAUUGCCAUCACCAGCCCAACUGAAGGGCAAGAUCAUCAUCAAGCACAAGAAACUGAAUAUUGAUGAGACCUUUAGCAAAAAGGACCUACGGAAAGGAGAUAAGCAGGGAGAGCUCUUCAUCUGGGACCCAAUUGAUGAGAGAUGGAACAAGCACUACUGUGUGAUCGAGAAUAAGACAUUGUAUUUUGCUGAGGAGAAUGAACUACUACUAGAGGAGGAUGUUGGAAAGUCACCUCAGGGUGGUACAGAGCUUCAUCAGUCAGAGGCCUGGUUUCACGGGCGGAUGUCAGAGGGCAGACAGACAGCCGAGAGACUGCUGCAGGAAUAUUGUGCAGAUUCAGGUGGAGUUGACGGGACAUUUCUGGUGCGGGAGAGCGACACCUUCGUCAAUGAUUGCACCCUCUCGUUCUGGCGGAGCGGACGAGUUCAACAUUGUCGAAUCCGUUCCUGCUUGGAAGGAGGCCACACUGUCUAUUUCCUCACAGACAACCUGCACUUCCCCAGUGUGUACACGCUUGUCCAGUAUUACAGAGAAAGCCCUCUCCGCUGUCAGGAUUUCAACCUGCGCCUCACUGAUUUUGUGCCUCGACCAGACCAGCACCUGCAAGAAGGGUGGUUUUACAGUAACUUGAGUCGGGGUGAGGCAGAGGACUAUCUCAUGAGGAUCCCUCGAGAUGGAGCCUUCCUCAUCAGACAGAGAGAAAAUUCAGACUCUUAUGCCAUCACCUUCAGGUGCUACUCUUUGUUUUUCUUCUCCUCAUUACACUGGGAGAAAAGUCAAAAAAAUGUUUUAUGUCUUUCUUUUCAGAUAACCAUACCUGCUUCACUUUAUGAUUCUAAACAGUACGUGGAGGCCAAUGAGAUAGAGCCGUCUCUGCCCCAUAGCACAGUGAUGGCCCUCUAUGACUACAGGGCCAUGCGGCCGGAUGAACUCACCUUUUACAAGGGCGUUUUGAUCCAUAAUGUGACCAAGGAGGCAAACGGAUGGUGGAAAGGAGACUAUGGUGGAAAACUGCAGCACUAUUUCCCUUCGAAUUAUGUUGAAGAAGUUGCCAAUGCAUCUGAGGCAGGUUGCCAGGGCGAUGAGGAAAAUCCAUUGGGUGACUUAUGUAAAGGAAUAGUGGACAUCUCGAAGUGUACUGUCGUUCGUUCAGCCAAACACAGCAGGCCUGUGGUGGUGACGCUGCAGGAUAAGGAGAAUAAAGACAUGCCGUUUGAUUUGGCCACUGAGACCACCGAGGAGCUGUACGAGUGGUAUCAGGUGGCUUGGGACAUCACACAGAGAGAAGAAAACCGAGAGUUUGAGAAACAAAAGCAAAGGGAGGUUGAGAGCAGGGACGAGGUGGCCAGCGAGAUGUCUGAACAGGUCGUUUACUGCCAGCCUCGCAGCAAAGACAAGGACCGCUUUGAGGUUCGCUCCUUCGUAGAAAAUAAGAUUCCCUCCAGAAACAAGUCGACUCAAUUUAUGUUGUAUAACCGCAAGGCGCUCAGCCGCGUCUACCCUAAGGGCCAGCGGGUGGAUUCCUCCAACUAUGAUCCGUAUCCUUUGUGGAUGUGCGGCUGCCACAUGGUGGCACUCAACUUCCAAACCGCUGAUAAGUACAUGCAGCUGAACAGCGCCCUCUUCAGUCUGAAUGGAGGCACAGGAUAUGUACUGCAGCCUGAGUUGAUGCGCAGCGAUUCGUAUGACCCUCAUCAGGAGAAGAAGAAUAUCAGAUUUACUAUCACCAUUAGGGUGAUAGGAGCAAGACAUCUUCCCAAACCAGGACGAAGCAUUGCCAGUCCCUUUGUGGAGAUCGAACUGUGUGGCCAAACAGAGGACAACAAAUUCAAGACUAUCGUUUGCCAUGAUAACGGACUGAACCCUAUAUGGCUCGGGCCGAACAAUCAGCCUUCGGAGACAUUUACUUUCAGCGUGUAUGAACCAGACCUCACCUUUCUGCGCUUUGUGGUCUUUGAGGAAGACAUGUUCUCUGACCCCAAUUUCCUGGCCCAGGCUACGUUCCCUGUGAAAGGUGUUCGCUCAGGGUACAGAUCUGUCCCUUUAAAGAACGGCUUUAGUGAAAACCUAGAGCUGGCAUCUCUACUGGUGUAUGUUGAUAUACAGCAGGUGGAGAAAGCGCAGGAGGAACUUUACUCCUCCUCGAAACAGUUGCAAAAGAAACAGGCGGAGUUAAGCAAUGAGUUCUGCCUCUACGACACUCACUCCAACCAGUUCGUGUACUCAGAAAAAAAGAUGAAUAAACAGCAAAAAAUCAACAACAGCAAGUUCUACUCAUGAGGAAAGUCUAGUUCCCUUCCGGCCUGGUUCUAAUGUUCUUAAGGGUCUCUUCCUCUCGGUUCCGCUGUUCUAUUACUACUGGUUCCCUAACAGGCCCCAACAGGAAGUUGCAGCCAUCUCACUCUUGUGCUCACACAGGAAUUCAUUACAAAGAGAAUCUGAGCAAUAUUCAUAGGUGUAUACUCUGUGGAAAGUGUAGCUACAACCCAGAAGUUGUAAAACUCUUUAAAUUGAGGGCAUGAAAACUGCAUGAAGGAUUUUUUUUUUGUAACUGUGAAACUGUUCAUCUAUCGUCUUCAUCUGAUUGUAAUAUUUCAUUUGCAGCUGUAUUAAACUUUUCCUUAUUGUCUUAAAAAUUGAAAUAGCAAACAAGAUGUUAUUUAUUUGGUUUCUAUCUUGUUUUUAAUAUGCUGAGGAAGUUUUAUCAGGUUUGGUUGGAUAUGCAAGCGAUAAUGCACAGUCUGACAGUCAUUAUCUCAAAAUAAAUGUUUUUUUUUUGUAUAAUUGCCAUUUGUUUGUACAUUAUCCUGAUAAUUACACAGCUACUCAAUAAAUAAAUA